AUGUCUCUACACUCCAACCCAGUCACCCACUCCAUAAGCAUUCUAAUCGAGUCUAUGUUCUUGUCAGUCUCAAACGGAUCCCAUAAGCUCCAGUUCAAUCUUGGAAAAUUCGCUGACUUUGUAUUUCAGGGUUCCGGCACCGGUAGCUUCAAUUGGACCUCCGUCGCAGAGGCUGCUAAGGCUAUUCCAGAAAGCUUCAACCUGGUCAAUCCUCCAAUGAGAGGUUUGUUCAGCUCUAAUAUCCCCAACCUCUUGCUUAGGAGACUGAUUCUUGACAUUUCCAGAUACUUUUACAACACUCCCUGCUUUUCAAGGCCAAAGCUGGUUGGCAAUUCGCUAUCAUGUACGAAAUCCAGGGGCCUUCUUGCUCCACUGUCAUCUCGAUCCGCAUCUGACGGGAGGAAUGGGAUUGACGAACAGCUUGAUUUCUAA